AUCUGUUUGGAUUUUUAUUUUCUUCGUACAUCAUUUAUAAAUCAUCAUCAUCAUCAUCAUCAUCAUCAACAUUUUAUAUACUUUGACUUUGGAAUUCGGCAUUGUUUUUUGUUUUUUAUUCCAUUUCUAUUGUUCUUCAUUUGACGAUAAAAAUUCCUUCGGGUUAUCACAGUGUUUGUCACACACGAAAGAUUCGAAAGAAAGAAAAAAAGAAUUUCGAACAUCUUUUUCCAUUUAUCUGUCGACCUUUUUUUUUUUUUUGUUCAACUUUUCAGGCCUUACGGCCUAUUUCUGGAUUCUCCAUAUAAAAAAUUCAUCAUCAUCAUCAUCAUUUUUAUUCUUUGAUAAAAAUUCAGCAAAAAAAAACCGACCAAGAAAUCGAUUCACUAAAUUCCAAAAACUACGACUAUUGAAUCUGUUUGUGAAUCAUCAAGAAGUAUAAAUCAAUCAAAACGAAACAAAAACAAAAAACAUCAUCAUGUGCAUUGAAUCUAUUGAAUCGAAAGAAAAACGUAAACGUAAUGAAAAAAUUGAAAAAAUUCUUAAAGAAACAAAAUCCAUUGUAAGAAAACAGGUAAAAUUAUUAUUACUUGGUACCGGUGAAUCGGGUAAAAGUACAUUUAUUAAACAGAUGCGUAUCAUACAUGAUAAUGGAUUCACAUCGACAGAAUUGAAACAGAAUCGUGUAUAUGUAUUUCAUAAUACCAUACAAUGUAUGCAACUUUUAUUGCAAGCAAUGAAAUUUUUAUCAAUACCAUUUGCCAAUGAUGAUAAUUGGCAACGUGCCAGCCGAAUAUUAUCAAUCGAUUGUUCAUAUGCACAAGCACCGGAAAUAUUUGCCAAUCAAUCAUCAUUAUCGUAUGAAUUUGUUGAUUGUAUUAAACAUUUAUGGCAAGAUCAUGGUGUACGACAAUGUUAUGAUCAUCGUACACAAUUUCAGCUUUCAGAUUCAGCUGAAUAUUUUUUCCUGAAUGUUGAACGUUUUGGUCAAAAAAAUUAUAUACCAACAAAUGAUGAUAUUGUACGUAUUCGUUUGCCAACAACCGGCAUAAUUGAACAUUUAUUUUAUAUAAAAUCUGCACGUAUCUAUUUACGUAUUAUUGAUGUUGGUGGCCAAGACAAUGAACGUAUGAAAUGGAUAAAUUGUUUUGAAGGUGUUACAUCGAUCAUAUUUUUAACAGCAUUGAAUGAAUAUGAUAUGUAUAAAUAUAAAAGUACAUUGAAUUAUAAUGAUUCUGAACAUGAUCAAAUGGCACAAUUACUUGAUGAUGGCCGUAUUGGUAAAAACCGAAAACCGAAAAUAGAAACGAAUCGUGUAAAUCGUAUGCAAGAAUCAUUGUGUUUAUUUCGUAUUAUAACCAGUUUAGAAUUAUUAUAUAAAACAUCAUUUAUAUUAUUUUUAAAUAAAAAAGAUUUAUUGGAAGAAAAAAUUAAACAAUCACCAUUACGAAGACGAAUAUUUGAUGAUUUUGUUGAUGAUAAUGAAAAUAUUACUACUAGUAAUAGUAAUAAUAACAGUGUUAAUGAUGCAGCUGAAGCUGGACAAUUUAUAAAAGAAUUAUUUAUACGUAAUGCUCUUUGUAAUUAUAAUCAACAACAGCAACAACAACAACAACAGAAUAAUCAUCAUCAAGAUAAUAAUCAUGGUGAAUGUCGUAAAAUAUCCAAUCAUGAAAAUCAUCAUCAUCAUCAUCAUCAAAUGUGGCGAAAAAAUAAGACAAUAUAUUCACAUUUUACAUGUGCAACGGAUACAGAAAAUAUUAAAUUUGUAUUCGAUUCUGUUAAAUGGACAGUGUUGAAUAAGAAUAUGGAAGAUUUUGGUCUUCAUUGAUUUUGAUGGACACACACACAUACACACAGAAACACACAGACAGACUUACUUUUUUUGGUAUGG